AUGGCUCCGAAAGCGAACAACGCCGGCAAGGAUGCCGAGCGUCAUGGCAAGAUUUACUCCAUCUCUGGUCCCGUCAUUGUCGCUGAAGACAUGCUCGGUGUUGCCAUGUACGAAUUGGUCAAUGUUGGCCACGAUAACCUCGCUGGCGAAGUCAUUCGAAUCAACGGCGACCAGGCAACCAUCCAAGUGUACGAGGAAACUGCCGGUGUCACUGUCGGCGACCCCGUCUUUCGCACCGGCAAGCCGCUGUCCGUCGAGCUCGGUCCCGGUCUGCUGAACGGUAUUUACGAUGGUAUCCAACGUCCUCUGGCUGGCAUCGCCGAGGCCUCUGGAGGUAUCUACAUUCCUCGUGGCAUCUCUGUCCCCGCUCUCGACCGCAAGAAGAAGUGGGAGUUCACCCCCACCAAGAAGGUUGGCGACCACAUUACCGGAGGUGAUGUUUGGGGUACCGUCUUUGAAAACUCCUUCGUCCGUGUCCACAGCAUCCUCCUCCCACCCCGCGCGCGUGGUACUAUUACCAAGAUUGCCUCCAAGGGCGAGUACACUGUGGCCGAAAACAUCCUCGAGGUCGAGUUUGACGGCAAAAAGACCGAAUACCCAAUGAUGCAGACAUGGCCUGUCCGUGUCCCCAGACCUUCUACCGAGAAGCUUGUUGCUGAGGAGCCCUUCAUUGUCGGCCAGCGUGUCCUAGACGCCCUUUUCCCUGGUGUUUUGGGUGGUACCAUUGCUAUUCCUGGUGCCUUCGGUUGUGGCAAGACGGUCAUUUCUCAGUCCGUCUCCAAGUUUUCCAACUCUGAUGUGAUUGUCUAUGUUGGAUGUGGUGAACGAGGCAACGAAAUGGCUGAAGUCUUGAAGGAUUUCCCCGAGCUCACAAUCGACGUCGACGGCCGCAAAGAGCCCAUUAUGAAGCGCACAACCCUCAUUGCCAACACAUCCAACAUGCCUGUGGCUGCUCGUGAAGCCUCCAUCUACACUGGAAUUACCGUUGCCGAAUAUUUCCGUGACCAGGGUCUCGAUGUGGCCAUGAUGGCUGAUUCCUCGUCACGAUGGGCUGAGGCUCUACGCGAAUUGUCUGGUCGUCUCGGAGAAAUGCCUGCUGAUCAGGGUUUCCCUGCCUACCUUGGUGCCAAGCUUGCCUCUUUCUACGAGCGUGCUGGUCGCGUCCAGGCUCUCGGCUCUCCUGACCGCAAGGGCAGUGUCAGCAUUGUCGGUGCCGUGUCCCCCGCCGGCGGUGAUUUCUCUGACCCUGUCUGUACUUCUACGCUGGGUAUUGUUCAGGUCUUCUGGGGUCUGGACAAGAAGCUUGCCCAGCACAAAUACUACGAAAAGGAUUUCCCCGACUUCCCAAGACUGCGUAACCGCAUCAAGCAGCUCUUGACCGACUCUGAUGAACUGGAGCAAGUUGUGCAGCUGGUCGGAAAGAGCGCUCUGUCCGACCCUGACAAGAUUACGCUGGAUAUUGCCGGUCUCGUCAAGGAAGACUUUUUACAGCAAAACGGUUACUCCGAUUACGAUCAGUUCUGCCCUAUCUGGAAGACGGAAUGGAUGAUGAAGCUGAUGGUUGGAUUCCACGAUGAGGCUCAGAAGGUUAUUGCUCAAGGCCAAAGCUGGGGCAAGGUGCGGGAGGCGACGAGUGAACUUCAGUCACAGCUGCGUCAGCUCAAGUUUGAGCAGCCCAGCGAGGGACAGGAGGCUGUUAGCAAGAAGUACGAGGCUAUUCACCAGUCGAUGACGGAGAAGUUUGCGUCGGUUAUGGAUGAGUAA